AUGCAAAUAAGUAAUGUGAUCCUAACCUGUGUUCUGUUUCAAAACCUUCACUUCUGCGAAAGCUUAUUUUCGCCAUUAUUUCGCGAAUUUCUUCGCGAAAAGUUUGGUGGAGCAUGGGAGAAACGCCUGACUCGAGAAGACAUAGCCAAAUUGAGAAGAGACCCAUCGUUUGGUGGAGGCCAUCAUACUGCAGGUCAUUCAGUACAGUAAGUCCCUACUUGCCUUUUCCUGACUUUUCCUUGGCCUUGCCUUGGUCUUGCCCUAACUUUGCCCUGGCCUUGCCCUGGCCUUGCUCUGUCUUGUAAUGCCCUAUACUGCGCUCCCCUGCCUUUAAGAGUCGUACUUUUAGAAAAACUCCGAUAAUAUUCGCACCGUGCUGGCAAUGUACGACAGAUUUCUUCAAUCCAAUCGUGAAGUAUUUACGCGAAAACAACUAUACAGACUCCGAAAUGUAUGGUACGACCGUCGGAGAAAUAAAAAACGGUCGAUUGCAGCAAAUUGGGUAUAAAUGUGAAUUUGUGGAAAAUGUAAGAAUCUUUACAUUGUCAAUUCGCACUUAUAUAUACCUAAAAUAUAUUUUUUUUUCUUUUAACUUUUUCAAAAUCAAAGAAAGUGGUUAAUAAUUUGCACCGUGCAAUGAUAUAUUUGUGCACUGUGCAGUCAAUUUUUUCAAAAAGUUAUAACUCAAAAACAGUCGAUUUUUUCAGGUCCAUUUUUUAAAAAACAAAAUUUACAUUACAAUAGCUAUAUUUUGUAUUAACAUUGCCAUCUAAAAACGUUUGCCUUAAUAUAAGAAUUUUAGUUUUAAAAAAAGUCACUGCACGGUGCAAUUAUUUUUGACUGCACCGUGCAACAUUUUUCUUUUGCACCGUGCAGACUUGAUAACACAUCUGUUCUUUAUAUGAUGAAACUUUGUUUACAAUCCUUCCCUCCCCCCUUAUCCCUAAAAAUUGUAACAUUUUUCAGUUCCGACAGCUGAUAAAGGCCGUCAUGGCAUUUACCGAUUCCAACACUGUGCAUAUCUUAGCCUUCUCGUACGGCGGUGCCUUAACGCGUAAAGCAAUUCUCGGUAUGUCACUUAAUAUAUAAUAAUUUGGACUGUAAAGUAGACUGAAUAUGGUGUAAAAAAUUAAUUUUUUAUAAGCGUAACGUAAAUUUAUGGUAAUAGUGUAGUUUAUUACUGGGAUAUUGCUAAUAAAAAACAAAGAAAAGCGAUGUUGCGAAAUGUCAACACUUCUAUUGAUUUUUAAAAUUGUUAAAAAUCUAUUUUUUAGUUUAGUUACAGUCAUUGUAUGCUUUUUUUGUUUAUUUUUAAGCAAUUUGAUUUUUAACGAAAUGUCACAAAAAUUAUCGAUUUUUUAAAAAUGGUUAAAAAGCUUUUCAUAGGUUGAAUAUUGCAUAUGAGAAACAUUUUUUCACUGUUAAACGGUAUUUAGUUCAUGUGAUGAAGUGUCACAAAAAUUAUUGAUUUUUUGAAAAAUGUUUAAAAUGUUAAAAUAGGCUUAAAUUGGGGUAGGGUAGGGUAAGAUUGGGUAGGGUAGGGUAAAGUAGAGUAGGAUAAAGUAGAACAGAGUAGAAUAAAUCAUAAAAACGUUACCUAAACUCAAAUAUUUUAGGUGGCCGAUGUGUUGACAAAGAUGUUGACCUUGGCCCUCCAUUAACCGAGCAUAUCGAUGUUUAUUUGAGUGUAGCUGGAGUACAACAAGGAGCUUUGUUUUGCGAAAAUGUCAAUGAAAACCAACUUACUGCGUGUAAUAUGCUAAAUGGCAUGAAAUGUGACAGCCGAUUCUUGGAAGACAUUAAUAACGCGUAAGUGCAGAAAUUUUGUUUACAAAACAAAAAAUAGCAAGAACUUUCUUUACUAAACAAAAAGUGGCAAGAACUUUGUUUACAGUAUGGAAAAUGGCAAGAACUUUCUUUACAAAACAAAAAGUAGCAAGAACUUUCUUUACAAACUAAAAAAUAGCAAGAAGUUUCUUUACAGAAAGCAUUACGAAGGAAAACGACCGGUAAUAAUCGAAACAACGGCGGACGAAAUGGUCGGUAUUCGGGUCUGUGGUCGAUUCGCUAGCCAAUUUGCUGGAGCAGAAAUUAUACGGGUAAGAACUUUGUUUACAAAACACGACAUGGAAAGAACUUUCUUUACAAAACAGAAAGUGGCAAAAGCUUUCUUUACAAACUUGGUCUUCUAUAAUAGUACUAUAUACACCAACCGCAUAGUACUUAUCAUACUAUAUUUUCAGGUAAACAAGCUCAGUCACAUUGACGUACUCAUGGGUACGAUGGACGUACAAUUAGGUAUCUUUGAACAUGUUCAGUUUGACUAUGGUGGAUGGUUGUCAUUAACAGCCGAUAAUUUUACGUUUUACAUGGUUAUCAUGAGUGAAGCGGCUAUCUUGAUAUGUGGCUGUCUUUAUUACACUCAAAUGAGGCGGUCAUAA